ACUCUAUAGUAGUUCGUGUUUUUCAGUUAACCAUUCUAUUAUAAUAUAUUGGCAUGACAUCUUACAAUUACUAGUAGAUGGCGCUUUUCAGCUUUACAUUUAGUAUCUUGGGCUUGUAAUCAUUUUUCAUUGGGUUUAGUGCAUGUUUAGUGGGUUUCCUACAACUUUUCUGUUUAUCUAAAUGUUCAUUGGAGUUAUUAUAAUUUCAAUUUUGUCAAAAAUAAUUGCGUCAUUGGGUCAUUUUCGAAAUUUAAAAAUUAUUUAUAACCAUAUAAUGUGAUUUUAUUAAUACAGAAAGAUUACAUAUUGAUAAUGAUUUUAUCUCAAUGCUCUACAUGUGCCACAGUUUUAUUGGAAUAUAAAUUAAAUUUUAAAUAAACAUACAAAUAUGGACGCAUAUGGUAACCCAAUUCCCGGACCAUCAAAAGAAUUUGUAAAUAUAGAAACUACUGAAUCAACAGCUGCUUAUGACUUUACAUGGUUGGAAAAUGAAUUCAACAAUGAUGAUGCUAAUGAAGACUCAAAAGUUCCAAUAAAUAUAGUUAAAAGUCUGAAUAAAAAUGAUAGUUAUAAAUUUGAACAAAUUGGAACUAAUCCUAAUAUUCAAGAUUUUUUUGAAGAAAUUGAUUGCAUAGAUUUUAAUCAAGAUGAUAUCGUUCAAAAUAAAUAUAAUCUUACUGAGUUAUUAGAACAAUGUAAUAAGUUUAUUGAUAUUUUAGGCCGUAAUAUAGUUUAUUUAGAAGAAACAAUGAUUGAAAUUCAUAGAAAUAUUGAAAUUUCAAAAAGAAAUGUAACCAAAGCUUUAAGUUGUAUAAAGUUUGAAAAAAAAUAUAUGUCUAAAGUUCAAAUGAAAAAUUUGAAAAUGAAAGCACAUUUGGCUAACUUUUUUAAAAUUGGUUUAGUAAACUGUCCACGGAAUCCUCAUCUCAAAGAGUUAUAUGAAACUGAAAGAUUAAUGUUAUCGUACAAUGGACGUUUUAUAUUUGAAGAAUGUAUUGAAAGAAAUCAAUGGAACCAAGAGUUUAAAAAUAAAUUAGAAAAAGCAAUACAUACUGAAGUGUUAAAUAAAUUAAAAAUUCCUAUGCUUGAACAGCACUUGCGUCUUAGUAUAGAUGGAAAUAAACAAACUGAUCCAAUUAUUAAACAAAAAAUUGAAAUUGAAAUGUUAGACCUAGAAAAAGAAUUAGAUAUUAUAGCGAAAACACCGUUUAAGCAGUUAGUCUUUCAGUUUAUGGACUCAGACGCAAAGUAUGAUUGGUUACACAUUGCAAAAGAAGUGGAUAAACCUGAUAUACAAUGUCAAAGGUUUUGGAAUUUAAUUUUAAAACCUCACAUAUCUAGAGCUAGAUGGACUAAAAAUGAAGAUGACAAUUUAAUUCAAAUUGUUGCAAAAAAUGAGGAAAAAAAUUGGCAAAAAAUAGCUGAUGAAUUAGCUACUAACCGUAAUGAGUUACAAUGUUUUGUUCAUUAUCAAAAAUAUAAAAAAAUGAUUCACACAAGAGGUAAAUGGACAAAAGAAGAAGAUCAGAAACUUGUAGAGAUAAUUAAGGAAAACUCAAUAGAUAAUAUCAUCAAUUGGCAAAGAGUAUAUUUUGCUAUGCAAGAUAAUAAUAGAACUGUUGAUCAAAUCUACGGCAGAUAUAUGCAAAGUUUAAAACCAGGCAUCAAGAAAGGGUUUUUGACUGAUAAUGAAAAGUUUAUUAUUAAAGAAGCUAAAAUCAAAAAUUUACCCCCAUCGAUAGUAUCAAUGAAUCUAACUAAUCGAACUCCUGCACAAGUUCGUAAUGCUUAUCGUAGAAUUGUAUUAUACAAUGAAGAUAUUUAUAGAGGUGGUUGGUCAGCUGAAGAAGAUAAAAUGUUAUUACAUGCUGUAAAUUCUUUUGUACCUAAUGAAUUUAGUUGGACACAAAUAUCUCAACAGGUGCCUGGGCGUAAUGGAGAACAAUGCCGUCAUAGAUAUAAAUUAAUUGAAAAAAAAUUAAAAAUCAACCCAAAUUUAGAUGUUGAUAAUCUUUCACGCCCAUUCCGAUCUUACAGGUAUAAAGAAUUACCCUUUUUUCCAGAAGAUGAAUCAAAUUUUGAUUUACAAGAACAAUUUAAACUCAAUCGUCAAUUGCUUAAAACAUCUAAUAUGCCAAUAGAAACAAUUGCCGAUCGCAAGUUAAAAAAAGCAUACUUGGAAAAUAAGUUUGUUAUUGAAAAUUGCCAUAUGUCUAGUAAAUGUGAUCUCUACAAACACGUACUUGAUUAUUUAGGAGCUAAUUUGGUUGCACCUAAUACUUUUACCCACACAGAUGAUUUGAUUGAUGCUGGACUUAUGAGCAUGAUGACUUAUAUAACAGAGUGUUCCAUUGAUGUAAUGUCUUUAGAUCCUAGUAAAGUUGAGCAUGAUUUGUGUAAUCCACUAUUAACCCAUGAAGGAGUUCACAAUGUCUUAAGAACAAGUGAUAUAAUCAAUUCCGAUCUAAGUGAAAUAGAAGGUUUAUUAGACAUUAGAAUAAGAAAUAUUCAUAAGGAACAACCAAAAGAAGAUUUAAAUUCAAAUAAUUCUACUAAAAAAAUAAAAGAUCCUCUACUACCUCUACAGUUCAUUGGUUCCGUACCGCCAAAUUAUGAGACUUUUAAAAUCUUGUAUGCAUAUAUGAAUUCUAUAACUUCAUUCAUGAAAAUCGAUCAAUGUAAAGAUUCCAGUUUGAAUUUUGAUUGGGAUGACGAAGAAUCUAUGAAAUUACAGAAACGCCUUGUCGCCAUGUUAAGGUUACCAGCAUUAUUUUCUAAUUUGAUACCUUACAAUGUAGCAAACAUAAAUAUGCUUGUGAAUGCUGACAAAGUUAAUAAAGAAGAGAUAAAAAUAGUACCGCCUUCAAAUUAUUCUAAAGUUAAUUAUGCACACUCUAAAAAUAAAAAAUACAAUUUCAAGUUGAAAAGUUUUUUAUAAGAAUGUUCUCAAAUUGUAUUAAUGAUAACAUUAGUAAUACAAGUAUAUGUACAUAUAUAUUUCUGUAAAAUGGCUAUCAAAAGUGAGAUUUUUUUUUUUUAUAUUAUUAAUAAAAUUUUACUAUUUGUUUAUAUAUCAGUUUAAUUUGUUAAAAACAAAUAAGAUUUUUUGUAAUAGUAAUAUUAUGAAUUAUGAUCUCAAUGAUUUGAUUUUAAAGACUGAAAUUUUAGUUAUUUUAAAUAUUGUUUAACUUGAUAUGUAUAUAGAACAAGUAAAAUGUAUAAAUGACGUAUUGAAUUAAAACUUAUCAUUUAUGAUUAUUAUAUUUUAUACCUAUAUACAUUUAAAAUUAGCUUGUUAAGACUAUUUUUAAUAAUUAAUUAAAUAUUUGAAUCCUAAUAAAAUAACAUAAUGAAUAGUGAUCAUUUGAUUUUAAUGUUAAAUUAAUAAAAUUUCAAAUUUCAAAAACUAAAUAUUAAUUGUUUAUUAUUUUAUAAUUAACUAGGUAACAAAUGUAUUUUACUUUCUAUUUAAGAACAGAUAUAAGUUUAAGAACCAAUUACAAAAAAAUUAAUAUUACCAUGUAUUUUCUUAAAUAAAUUGUUCAUUGUUAAAAAUUCAAUAUACUUAGUCAGUAGUCUUUUAACUGUUUUUAAAUUUGCCUGUUGUUCAUAUUUCAUAAAUUAGUCAUUUUGGAAAAAAAAAAUAAAAUCAGUGCAUACUAUAUAAUACUUUAAUGUUUUGUAGUUUUUGUAUCUAAAUAAAAAUUGUAAUAAAUGUACCAAAAUUCAGCAUGUGUUGUCUAUGUCUUACUAAGUGAGUUUCUAACGUACAUCAUAGCAAAUGUGUGUUCAGCAGAACACAUUUUUUGUGAUGUUAGCUUUAAUAUUAAAGUAUAUUUACAUAUUAUCAAAUUUAAAGGUAACAAUAUUAUUUAGGAAAUGACUUAAGAUUUUAUUGAUAUAAUCAUUUUAAAGUGAGUUAUUUACAUUUUAAAGUUUUUACUAUUUUACUUAGUUAUAAGCUCACUUUAAAACGAUAAUAUCCAUAAAAGCAUAUGACAUUUCCUAGAUAAUAUCCUUACCUUUAAAUUUGAUGAUGAGUAAAUUUACUCUAAUAUUAAAGUUAAACAUCACUAAAUAUGUUUUGCUGAACGCAAAUUCGCUAUGCAGUAUGCUAGUAAAACAGAGACAACACCGCGCGUUUGUCAAACUUAGGUCAUCACUCAUCGCCGUGAUUGGUACCUAUAGGUAUAUUGUGAUUAAUAAAUUAAACAUAAUUAAUCAUUUUUAGAUAAUAGCAGGUAUUUACUUAAUAAUUAUGUUAUUAAACAUUAAACGUCUUUUGGCCUACAUAUUUUUUUAUUGGAAUAAAAUAAGUAAACUAAAUUUUCCUUUUUGGGCUUUAAUAUUUAGGUGUUUCAACUGUAACGAUUAAAAACAACAAUUUCGAUUACACGAUAUAGGUAAACGUAUAUUUAAUAUUAUUAAGAUCCGUAACAUAAAAGGUAUAACCGACAAACAUAAUUUAUUAAAAUUAAAAAAAUUUACAUAGGUACGUUUAUACAAUAAGCGAAUAUAUAUAUAUUAUAAUUAGAUAAUGUGUGAAAAUAUUAUUAUGACGGCGGGUAACCAUGUGUAUAAUUCAAUAAUAUUUAAGUGUUAAAAAAAUA